AUGUCCUCUGUCAUCCAGGCAUGUGUCGUUGCCUUCCCCUCGAUAGAUCUCAUUGAUUUCUUUUCUCCAGUCGAGACCCUUCUGCAUGCAGUCGACAACGGCGAGAAGUGCUUCGCCGUGACUAUCGCCGGAGAAACCGAUGAGAUCAAGACGAUUCAAGGACCAGUGGUCAAGACCAACAUCAGCCUUGAAGCGGCCGCUGCCGACCUCUCUCGCUUCGACGUCUUGAUCAUUCCCGGCUCGGACUAUAAAGAUACGAAAGACAUCUGCGAUACAGAGAACCAUCCUAUCAAAAACCUCAUACAGCAGUUCCGCCUUCUUCCGUCUGAGGAUACAAGACGGCAUCCGCGGCUCCUCGUGUCGGUCUGUAGCGGCGCAUUUAUGCUAGCGUCGGUGGGUGUUUUGGCUGGUCGCCGGGCGACGACGCAUUACGGUCUCCUGUCUCAGUUGCAGGAACUUUGUGAUAAGCAUGGUCAGACGGAAAUCUCCCGAAAGCGAUACGUUGAUGGCGGCUUUUUGGAAACUGGAACGCGUGUCAUUACGUCCGGUGGGAUCACCAGCGGAUUUGAUGUGUCUCUUUAUGUGAUUGAGCUCCUGUGUGGAUAUGCAUGCGCGGAAAGGGCCGCUGAUGUACUGGACUAUCAGUGGCGAAGGUCGGAAGCUCUGGUAUAA